GAUGAAAAUCGACCAUCGAAAAGCUGGCAGCUCUGCCGCGCGCUUUCAAAAUCAUUUGGCAAGGUGGCAGCCUAGCAAUAUAACUGUUUCUAGUGCACUAAAAGAAGACUUUCCGUAGAGAGUGAUGUUAAAACGUGACUUGCAGACCAUUCAGCUGAAGCUGUCCGACCUGGAGGAAUAUGAAGCUGUGCGUAGACGGAACAAAAUAAAAGCCGCUAUUGAUGCGGGGAGAGCAUCAUCUGUGACGGCCACUGCCACUGAAACAGCGUUAUCCACUGCCAGCGACUCGACCUCUGAGACACCCGUGACCCAGCGGCAGAUGGAGGAACUCCCGCCCGCUACCGGCUGGUCAACAGCUGUGAUUACCAGCAGUAGUAACACCAAUUCCGGUUCCACUGAAGAUGAUACCAGUGUAGUAGCCGUUGUCGAUGACAACGAUACUGUCGCCGAGCUCAGCGAUGACGGCUGGGUGGACAUUGACGAGGAGGAUGGUGCUCGAGGUGGCGAGUAAUAUUUAGUGUUUAGCUACAAUCGACCAAGUAGCUACUUUCCACAUACAUAUGUAUAUAUAUCGUAACUGUUUGCCAAUUUGUUUAAUGCUCAUAUUAUACUAUCGAAACUCAAAGUAAUAAUAAGCUGAAUUUGU